AUGCGUCAAGAAGGAUGCGUCAUCUCGGAUGCAAACUCUUACCUCUGUACAGAAGAUAGAUGUUAUGCAUCUUUACCUUUUUGCUCCUCUUAUUUAAAUGUCAUUCCUUCCCCUCUUGUAUAUAGUUUCAUAGUGUUACUUCUGCAGGAUUAUAUUUCAUCUCUCUUGAUGUUCUUUUUGCAGUCACUUCGCAGAUUGAAUCAUCCUAACAUCAUAAAGCUGAAGGAGAUUGUCAGAGAGAACAAUGAACUUUUCUUCGUAUUUGAGUACAUGGAGUAUAAUCUAUAUCAGAUUAUGCGAGACAGGCAAAAUCCUUUUUCAGAGAAAGAAAUUAGAGAUCUCAUGUAUCAGGUUCUUGAAGGACUAGCUCAUAUGCAUAAAAAUGGGUAUUUUCACCGUGAUUUGAAACCAGAGAACCUGUUGGUUACCAAUCAGAUUAUAAAAAUGGCUGACUUUGGACUGGCUCGGGAAGUAUCAUCAGUGCCACCCUUUACUGAGUAUGUCUCCACACGCUGGUACCGAGCGCCCGAAGUCUUGCUGCAAUCCCCAUUAUAUACUCCAUCCGUUGACAUGUGGGCUGUUGGCGCAAUACUAGCUGAACUAUUCACUUUGUGUCCCAUUUUCCCGGGAGAAAGUGAGGCAGAUCAAUUGUACAAGAUUUGCUGUGUUCUGGGUAAGCCAGAUUGGACUACAUUUCCUGAAGCAAGGAACGUUUUUCUAUUAGCUAAUCUUUGUUAUUCUGAGGUAAUAUUUUUUUCCUUUUAAUUUCCUCUAGCUGCU